AUGGAGAAGGAGAGCCCGAGCUGUGCACACGGGCCGACGCUCCUCUUUCAAUCAUCGCAACGCCAACAUGAUGUAGAAGUAGAGGAAGAUGGCAGCGCAGCCCGGGCGUCAUCUAGAUCCUACUACGCGUGCUCGGCCUACAGGGACCGACGCCUCUGCCCCUUCUUCCUGUGGGCCGACGAAUGGGACCCCCUGGCUUCAUCUUCAUCUUCAUCUUCUUCUUCUUCUUCAUCUUCCGCUCCACAAGCAGCGCAGCCAUCUUCAGAGCCGCCCCAAGAAGCAACUCGGGGCGGGGUGCGGCUAAGCGGGAACGCCAAGGGGUUGGCCCAGUUCAUGUUCGACGCGGCCGCACUCGACCUGCUCGCCGCCGCGUGCGUGCGGCUGCCGCACCGCGUGUGCGAUGGCGGCGACGUGGACCCACCGCGCGUGCGGCGCGUUCUGUGCCUCGGCACGCCGCGGCUCCACGAGCGACUGCUCCAGCUGGGCAGCACCGUCGCGGCGAGCCUGCUGCUCGACCUAGACCACCGCUUCGCGCCCUUCUUCGGCUCCACCUUCGUUCGCUUCAACAUGGGUAACAUGCGGAACGCGCACUUCUUUGACGCGGCGGACGAGGCCAAGGUGGCGGGCUUCAUGGCGGCCGGCUGCGACUGCAUCGUGCUCGACCCGCCCUACGGCAUGCUCUCGCAGUCGCAGCCGCCGUCGCAGCCAUCGGAGGUGGUGGCCGAUGGCCUCGGCGGGAUGUCUGUGAUGUGGCUGUGCCCCUUCUACUACGAGGACCGCAUCAAGGCCAGCCUGCCCUCCUUCCACAUGCUCGACUACCAGGUGGGGUACGACAACCAUCCGCUGUUCAACCGGGCGACGCCGUCGAAGACGCGGCAGCGGCGGGCGCGGCGCGGGCGCGGGGACAAGUUCGCGUUCUCGCCGGUGCGCAUCUUCACCAACAUCGCCGCGAACGUGUUCGUCCUGCCCGAAGCCGAGGGCUAUCGCCUGUGCCCGGCCUGCGACCGCUACGUGUGCCGCAACAACCUGCACUGCGACGCGUGCGGCAAGUGCACAUCCAAGGACGGGAGGAAGUGGAGUCACUGCGACGCGUGCGGGCUGUGCGUGCCACCGGGUCGAGUGCACUGCCACACCUGCGGGCGAUGCGACUUGCCGCAGCACGUCCACGCCUCGCCCGGGGCCGAGCGCUCGGUGGGUUGCUUCACGUGCGGUGCGACGGACCACAAGAGGCGGGCGUGCCCCACCACCGCAUCGACCAAGAAGAGGAAGACCAAGCGAAGGAAGACAACGCACAACGUGGACCAAGCGCAGAGCGAUGGCGGCAACGCCGGUCGUCACGACAACAGCGAAGAGGACCACAUCGAGAGUGAGUUGAAAUAA